AUGCUGAAUGAAUUUAGAGUAAACUUGUGUUAUUCGAGUUUCGGAUGCAAUAUUCCUCAAACAGCCAUUUAUUUAAAUGAUAAAUUGUCAGAUCUGACACAGGUUGAGAAGGCACUGAAAUCUGACUCCUCCUCACAAGUGACAGUCCUCUCUCAAUUUAUUGAAAACGCUAAAACAUGGAACGAAUUCCAAAAAACAAAAUCAAAAGAGGAGUGUAAUAUCGUCAGAAGAGAAAUUAGUCGACAUUUUGUUCUUGAUUGUUUAUUUGCAAAUAGAGAUGUUAUUGGAAUGGAUGAUAGCAAUAUUCUCAUUUCUGAAACUGUAGGGCAUACUCCCCAAUUCAUUGCCUAUCGAAUUGAUAAUGGUGGAGCACUAAGUUUUAGAGCUCAGGGAAAGAAGAAAGAUGUUGGAGAGUGGCAAGAGUUUGUCUCUGAAAUUAAUCUCUUCUGUGAUGAAUCAUUUAACAAAAACACAGGGAAUAUGUUCUCUGGAUUUGUAAAUCAAGAUUCCAUUCUCCAACAAACUCUCGAAAUUAUGAGUAAUGCAGAGAGAUUGAUAUUUCCAUUCCUGGAACCAACUGAUGUUCAAAUAGUCCAGCAACGAUUGGAUUAUCUUCAGAAUAUUCUUGGAAUGUUUGCUGUUUCUUCAUCAGCUCUCAGUUCCAAUACUUUGGGAAUUGUGGAUGAUCAAUUUGAUGAGGCAACAGAAGUCAAUCAACAACUCGUUGCCUCUCUCAUGGAAAUGGGAUUCUCCAGAGAGCAAAGUGAGAUGGCACUCAUAGCCUCAAACAAUAAUAUUGAAACAGCUCUUUCAUUCCUCUUUAAUUAAACAAACUCUUGAUGGUUCAAUAAAAUCUGACAACACACAC